AUGUACGAUGUGGUGGGCGACGUCGAGCAGUACCAGGAGUUUGUCCCGUACUGUAAGCGCUCACAUGUGACAGCUCACGAAAACGGCCAUCCGUCACGAGCAACGCUCACCGUGGGGUGGGAUGCUAUUGAAGACGAAUUCGAAAGUAAACUGACUUAUACGCCGACUACGGUAGUCGCUGAAGCUGCCAAUAAUAAAAUGUUCAAAGAACUCAAGUGCGAAUGCCAAUGUGUAAUCAUGACUGAUCUAUGGGGCGAUCUGAAUGAGGAACGAGAGAUUCCUCUUGAGUACAAAGCGUUAUAUGCUGAGUCGGCUCCUCAGGAUGGCAAAGUUGCUGUAGGAAAGGUCAAUGCCAUAUUGCAGCGAGCUGCUUUGCCGCCUGAUGUCGCGGCGUUGAUUCUUGACGGGGCCGCCCGUGGCCAACCGUCGGUUGAAGAAUCAGAUUUUUACACGGCUUUGGCAAUGAUUUCAGCCGUUCAAUCGCUGGGUGAUCCUCAGCAGGCCAUUUUGGCCGUGCAGCAAGGCCCUCCUGACGUUUAUGGCCCUAUCAUGUUGAGUAGUGAGGGAACGACCCCCGAGCCACCAGUCCAAGCGUUUCCCGUGGACGUAUCCCCUCAAUUCCGGGUUACCAUUGUCUCGAAACUACAGGGCUCCUUUUUGUUUCGACACGUUGUUUACGCAGUGGAAGGAGUCUAUGAAUUGCGUCAGUGCCGCGCCAUUCGCAGAUACAGUGAUUUUGUCGUGCUACUCGAGGCAUUGAUGAAAAAAUACCCGUUCAGAUUGCUGCCACCGCUUCCACCUAAAAAGCUAGCUGUUGAUGGCCAUUAUUUCACAAGCGACGACUCUUUUCUAGAGUACCGCCGCACGGGGCUUGCCCGGUUUAUCAAUUUGCUCCUCCGCCAUCCUGUUGUGGGAAAAGAUGACCUUGUAAAAGCUUUUCUAGUUGUUGACGCACCGCUGUCUGUUGCAAUGAAUGCACCGCUCAAUCAUGCGCAAGACGAGUUUAAUUCGCGAACGAUCUCACCUCUUUUCAUUGCCAAUUGGGACGCAGCUGCGCAGGCGGAACGUUGGCGUACUAUAAAGCAAGGAACUGAUGAUUGCUUGGAAGAAUGUGUAAAGUUAAUGCACAGCUACUACCGGUCGGUGAGGCUUCGAGCUGCAAUGAGCGACGAGUGCGACGUGGCAAAGGAACACUUUACUGCUCUAGCAUACACACUACCCAAUGCGUUUCCUGAAAACGACGGUUCGAAAAACGGGCAUAUUUCCGGCCCGGCGGGCGAUGUUCCGGCCAUCACAGCGGGCAUUGAGGCGGCAGCGUCUUUCCUCGACAAGUACUCUCGGCUGGGACACGACGUCGCCCAAUCUACGAUCGACGGCCCGCUCGAGCAAGUCAAGGUGUUCAGAGAUAUGCUUGUUUCAGUGCGAGAGCUGUUUGCCCGUCAAGCCCGGCUGGGAGGCAACACAAUUGCUGCGCAAGAGCGCAAGAUCGCAUCGACCCAGGCCAAAGUAGCUUCACGGGCUACCGCUCCAGACACGACGCCAGAAGACCUGCAAAAACUAAAGGACCGGAUCUCUGCUGCCCAGGAAUCUAUCAAAGAGCAGACGAACCGCGACUGGCUAAUCAAGGAAACAAUCACCCGAGAACUCGAGAUGGCCCGCAGCUUGCAGUACCAGGUUGUGCAGAUACUCGCGAGCUUGGGCGUGCUCGCCUCUGGCCGCUCCGAGUCAGCAAUCAACCUGAUCAACUCAUUCACCAAUGCAAUCGGUGAUAUGCCCAAAGCUGUUGUCGAGUAA